UACCGUCUUCACUCGCAAUCCGCAAGCGAGCCGCGAUGGACGCGCUUAAGCCUCACUGAGGCAGGCAUAGACUAUAAAAAAUAUUAAAAUAGACUUGUCACGGUAUAUUUUUUUAUAGUCUACGAGAUCUUUAAGUUAGUUAAUUAACCAUGGGUGCAGAUAGGCCUAAUGGUGUGGCCAACUACUGCAGGAGACCGCCGCAGCGUCCGCUGUUGCAGAAAUUGCAGUACGCUAUAUGGAACCCUGAGGAACGCACGUUUUUAGGCCGCACGCCGCAUAGAUGGGGUGUAAUCGGGCUGAUCUACCUGGUGAUGUAUAUCUGCAUCAUCAUCUUCUUCUCCAUCUGCAUGUGUGGGUUGCUCGCCACCAUGGAUGAACGAGUUCCGUACUUCCAGCUCGCUGACUCCAUCAUAGGAGCCAACCCCGGCAUGGGACAUCGUCCGCUUCUGUACGAGGAAGGGGCGCUCAUCUGGUACGAUGCCGAUAAUGAUACGCAGAUCAAGAGAUACGUCGAUAACAUCAACGAGUUUCUCGCGCCGUACGAGAACAAAUCUCUUCUGAUCAACGGCGGAGUCAACCAGCGUGACUGUGGGACCGUAAAGCCGCCUCGGGCCGAAGUCUGUUCCUUCAACACCGAUCAGCUCGGAGACUGUUCUGCUGCGAAUGGCUUCGGGUACAGCAAUAGGAUGCCGUGCCUCAUCAUAAAACUUAAUAGGAUAUACAACUGGAACCCCGAGUUCUUCGAUGACCCCAACGAGUUGCCGCCCGACAUGCCUCCUGAUAUCAGGAACUAUAUCAACUCCACUACCUCUCCUCGAGAACGUCGCAGAGUGUGGGUAUCGUGCAUGGGCGAGCGGCCGGCCGACGUCGAAGCGCUGGGUCCACUCCGCUACUACCCGUACCCAGGGCUGGAUGAAACCUUCUUCCCGUAUGACAACACUCCUGGAUAUCUCAGCCCGUUGGUUGCCGUACAACUACUCAAACCUAAACUAAACCAGAUCAUCAACAUUCGCUGCCGCGCCUGGGCCCACAACAUACAGUUCACCGAGAGCCUGAAGGAGCGCCUCGGCUCCACUCAUCUCGAGAUCAUGAUCGACUGAGACCCUGGAUAACUAAUAAGAUACGAUGUCAUCGGAGACGUCGACAAAUUACCUUAUCGUCUAUCAUAUCGACUGAAAGUAGACUCAUAAAUACUCUUGGCCUUAGGCCUAAUAGGCCUCCAAAACAAUCGAACGUCCGUUAUUACCUAUAAUACUUUAAACUCUUGCGUUUUGUACAAAUAAUUAAUGUCAUGGUCUAACACGAUUAAAUCGUCUUCCGUCUUCAGUGACCACAGCUAGUGGAACCUAGCUGAAACGUCGGAAAAAAGGUGAAAUAAUGAUAUUUGAAUGAAUGAAAUGAAUGAAAUUAUUUAAUCCAGAAAUAUUUCCAUAUGAGGUUAGACAUUUAAAACGAAUUACAUAAUAUUAAUAAUAUAUGAUUCAAUUAAAUUGAACCGCUGGUGGCCUAGCGGUAAGAGCGUGCGACUUUCAAUCCGGAGGUCGCGGGUUCAAAUUCCGGCUCGUACCAAUGAGUUUUUCGGAACUUAUGUACGAAAUUUUUUUUUUUUACUAGCCUAAUUUAGUGUCCCACUGCUGGGCAAAGGCCUCCCCUCGUUUCCUCCACUCGACCCUGUCGUUUGUAGUGUCCCGCCAAUCCGGAUAAAAUGCGUCUAAGUCGUCCCGCCAUCUCCUUUUCGGCCUGCCUGCACCCCGGCCAGCACCAUCUAUGGUGUUCCGUGGCUCCCACUCGGUAACCAUUUUGGCCCACCUUUCAGGGUGCAUGCGGCAGACAUGCCCAGCCCAGUCCCACUUAAGCUUAGCGGUCUGGACACCUACAUCUACAAUUCGAGUUCUGGAGCGCAGUUCCGUGUUUCUGAUUCUAUCAGUUCUGCGAACACCUAGUAUACUGCGCUCCAUCGCUCGCUGGCAAACCUUGAGUUUGGACUUUAACGCCUCAGUUAAUGACCAUGUUUGAGCACCGUAGGUUAGGAUAGGCAGGAUACACAUGUCGAUGAGUUUGCGCUUGAGACACAGGGGAAGGUCGCCCUUCAAUAGCGCCUUCAUGGACCAGAAGCUCUUCCAGGCGUUGUCAAUACGUCUAUUGACCUCUAUGGUUUGCCUGUUUUCGAAGGAGGCUAUCUGGCCCAAGUAAAUGUACUCAUCAACAAACUGUAUAUCCUGCCCAUCUACCGUGACCCUGUGUUUUGCUCCAUUGGUCAUCAACUGAGUUUUCGCUCUGUUCAUUGUGAGUCCAACCUCAAGGCUCGCUGUGCUGAGAUCUUGUAGCAUGUGUUGUAGUUGAGAUGCCGUGUGGGAGAAAAGGACGAUGUCGUCGGCAAAACGCAGGUUAGUUAACCGUUUAUUACCGACGACAAUGCCCAAUCCUUCCCACGAGACCGCCAGCUUUUUGAAUAUCUCCUCUAGGCAACUGGUGAACAGUUUAGGAGACAGCGGGUCGCCCUGUUUAACGCCUUUCUCUAUUUUAUAUAUAGGACCAGGUGCGUGUAAUUUAAUGUUGGCUGUGCUGUUAUUAUAAAUUGUUCCAACGAGUCCAACGUAUGUCGGGUCUACACCCUGAUUCUGCAUGGCGGAAAAUAUAGCGGAGUGUUUGACGCUGUCGAAUGCUUUGCUAUAAUCUACAAAACCAAGGUAUAGAGGCACGCUGAACUCGUUGGACUUUUCUAUUAAUUGAUUUAAAGUAUGGAGGUGGUCAGUUGUGGAGAAACUAGGCCGGAAACCGGCUUGCUCGGGUGGCUGAUGUUUAUCUAGCAGUGGGGCAAUUCUAUUUUCUAUGACCUUUAUAUACAGUUUGUAGAUAUGGGAGGUAAGACUAAUGGGCCUGUAAUUGUUUAUAUCAGACUUAUCGCCUUUCUUGUGCAUAAGUACUAUAUUUGAGUGGCAUAA